AUGGCGAUGAUGAUGAGUGGCCGUGUGCUGCUGGUGUGUGCCCUCUGCGUGCUGUGGUGCGGUGCCGGCGGUGGCUACGGGCUCCCUGCGGGUUACUGCGCUGAUGGUGGAUUGGACGACGUGAAGCCUGCGAAGGGAAUGGAUGACGAAGUGGUGCUUAUGAAGAGGGAAUGCGUGCCGAGUACAGCCUUCCGGGGAGUAGUAACGGCAGUGCUGGCUGGUGAGGACAGCGAUUUGAAUUCACCUGGUGCUGGCGUUGGCACAAGCGGAAAGCGCAACAGUGAUGCAGAAGAAUCACCGGUCGUUGAUGCAGAGAGCGGGCUGACGCCCAGCGGCAGUGGGGCCGCAUCAACGGCUUCAUCUCCUGCUGUUGCUGAUAAAGACGGUGCCAGCAGAGCUCCUGUAUUGGGUGCUGUUGGUCCCAACCAGCAGCCCGCAGUUGUCUCCGGCGGCCAAGACGAUUCUUCCUAUGGAGGACGUGAGGAAAAAGAAAGGGAGGACGCAGUCUCAGCAGGCUGCGGCGAAGAGCCGUCAAGCCCGAAAGUGUGCCCUCAACCGCGACUUGUUGGUGUGGAGUUGACACCUCGCGCCAUGGAAGAGAAGCGUGGACAAAAAGACAAUGCGUCAGUUACAAAUAAUCAGAGCGAGGGGACACAACAGGAAGACGGAGUACCGCACGUGCCAGAGACAAGAGCGAGCGUGCAGACACCUCCAGCACCAGCGCCAGAAGAAGGACAUCCAGAAAAUGCGACGCAGCCGUUCGGGGCCUCAGAAGAGCAUGCGACUGCACCCAGCUCGAGUCUCACACGGGAUGCAUCAAACGGCGACAGUCAAAGACAAAUACCGCAGCCUCAAACAACGACUGGCACUAAACAGACUGUGCCCGUGUUACAGGGAGUCCCAGAAGGGGUUCAGGAGGACCAGAAAAAUGUGGAAGAUGGAAAAAAAACAAAUCAGGUGGAUUCGACUGGCAGCGCGCACAAUGCAGAGCAUGACUCUGCAGCUGAAACACAUGAAUUAUUGACUGCCUCAAGCAACACUCGUUCUUCCGGAGCUCCGGGAAAGGAACCUGCUUCAAAGUCGCUUUCUGGAAAUUUGCGAUCGUCCACGGCUGGAGCAGCAGAACAGGCAAAAGCACCGGCACAAGGAGGCGCAGAGGAGAAGAAGGCACCGGAAGAAAAAGAAAUAUCCGAGGAAUCGCCGCCAACAGCAGCAGAAGUAGACGCACCAGGAGGUCCAUCAGAUCCGCCACCGAAACCACUGCCACAGAGCGCAUUGCCAUCCUCAAAGGAAGUCCAAGAUACCAUGCAGUCAACUGAAGAUCCGCAGACAAAAGGCAUUGAACCAACAACAGAUGCAAGGCAGAAUGCACUAACUGAGGGUCAGGCAGAAACAACCUCACCAUCUUCUCCUGCGGAUGAUGCUGCCGCCAAUGACGCUGACGAAAGCAAUGCAGAGAUUGCAAACGAUGGUUCAGCAGUUCAUGCUGGAGUGCCGGAGGAAGAAGAAAAUCAAGAACAAGUGGAUGGAAGCGACAAACAAACAUCAUUUAUAUCCACUGCCAAAAAAUAUAAUACAACGAUUGAAGACAGUGACGGCAGCACCGUCGUCUCCCACGCCACCUCCCCUCUUCUUCUUUUUGUUGCGUGUGCGGGUGCUGCUGCGGUGGUGGCCGCGUGA